AUGGGAGGAGCGGGGUCAAAAGUAUCAACCACCGUGCGCGCGCCUGAUCACGACGCGUUUGUUGUGACGGGCCAACAUGGCCAUGACGACGAGGACAACAAGACUGCGUUCAUGCAGUCGUGGAUAGCAAACAGCGUUAUCCAACACGACAACAAGUACGGUGCAGACCUCGAUCAAGUUCACGAGGGCCGUUUCCUUUGCCAAAUCACGAACUUCACCACCUUUCGCACGUCGCAAGACCCCCACGCGAUCGUCCACGCUGUUGUCGCGGACCGUACACACUGGGUGAACGUUGCGUUUGACCCAGACGUGACAGACAAGCACGAGCGCUCCAUCGGCGGCGAGGAACCUGAACGUCUCACAUCGCACCUCCGCGCUACCGUUCGCAUCAACCAGUUCCAGAUCCAGCUCACUGGACCGAUCCGUCGUGAAGGGGUUGAGCCACCCAUUCCCCGUGUCCAGUUUCUUGUCCUCUCCUGGGACAUUGUUGGUGGUGACCGCCGAGACUCGGUAUUCUUCCCUGGCGCUCGUGAAGUUGGAACCAGGACAAGGGACACCAAGCAGAGGAAGGUGUUGAGAAAGUGGUGGGCUGGAAUCUCUCAAGUCUCUGCCCCACAUCCCUCUAUCCAGCUUCCCGUUCAAACACCCAUCAAACCCAUGUCGCGCGCAAGCUCUGUGCGCGCCUCGGUGCCACCUGCCGGCACUGAUGGCAGGGGCUUUAUCCCAAUGCAAGAGGCACUGGCGCGUUCCCUCGGCCCUCAUGCCAAGAAACGAAAGCCUGUCCCAAUGCGUAUGGGCGCCGAGCUCAUCUCGCCAGACCAGCAAGAGCUUCUCAAGAGCAUCACUGUUUUUGGAGUGAACAUUGGCGUUUUGCCAGAGCACGCCGCCAUUUCGCAGGAGCAAGGUGCCACCUCGUACGAGCAGGACGUGGCCGACGCCGAAGCGAUGGAACCGGAUCUUGCCCACAGCAAUCCGUCAAAUGGUCACUCGCAACCCUCCAACGGCCAGUCGGGAGGCUCGUUGGAAUCCCAAGUCAGCUAUCCCUCUCCUGCGCCUACCCGUCACACCGAGUCUGCCGGCGGGUCAAGCCCAGCACCAGCCACCCCUUUGUCAAACUUGGCAUCCGUGGACUCUCCAUCCCCAGCAGCGGUGGAUGUGAUGGAUGUGAGCGACGAUAGCGAUGCCGAUGAUGCGGUUUUACAACGUCUCAUGAUGGAACCGCCCGCCCGACCUGCGCCACGGUCGAGGUCAGUUGCCGAGAGCAGCGAGUGCGAGGAGAUACCGAUUCGCAAGCCCUACGCUCGCGCGCCAGUCAGGCGCCAGACAGGUGCGGCUUUUGCUGUCGCCCAGCAUGAACCCUCUCCUUCUCCUCCCGUGCAAGAGAAGGCGUCUAGCCCAGUGGGUGGCGACACGGACGACGAGGACUUGUCCGACUACGAACUCCAGCAACGUAACGUCCUCAAGGCCACAGCGCGAAAGUUUGACGAGGCAGCGGUCGAAGAGUCGCUCUCCCAGUCGCAAGAUUCGUCACAGUUUGAUCUGUCAAAGUAUGCGCCCACUCCAUCUGUCGCCCCAAAGGAGGGAGUCCUUGUCGAGACAACCGACGAGAGCGAUCCGAAGGAACCUGCCACACCUGCUCCGCCUGCUACCAAAGCUCGUCCUCCCACCAGCACCGCCCCGGCCAAGCGACCUCGCUGGUCGACAGUUAUAGACAACGCGCCACCUGAGCCUGAUGCAGAGGCCACACGGGUUACCAAGCGACCUCGUGAGCCUGUCGCAACACCCGAGCAACACAGCGCCAAGCGACUGCGUGCGACCGUGGCCACCCCCCUAGGCUCCGAGAAGCAUUCUGCAGGCGACGACAGCCGCGAGACUACUACACUCCACCACAGGCAGUCACUUGUCCAGGCCAGCCGAGCCACCCCCACUCAACCUCGAGCGCCCAAACCAGCAACUUCGAGCACCCCAAAGACACCAGUCGUCAAGGCGGAACCGGCGACCAUGGCCAGCUCGUGUGCCAUGAGUGUUGAGCCAGUCCCGGACCGCCACCGGGCUACCCAACGCUGGCCCACUAUCUCUCCACCACCUCCAUCCACGCCGCUGCAACCGCCAAUGUCCGUCUCCCGGGCCACGCCAGCCACGUCGCCAGUCCCCGCCGCUCAGGCCACGCCGGCGUUCGUGAGCCAGCAAACACCUGCUUCCACAGCUCGGCCUACAGCUUCCACAGCAGUCAAGCUGAAUGGCUGGAUGCCGGACCUGCAUGUCAAGGGGGGCCUGUCGCGCAAGUUUUUGGCCAAUGCCGUGGCCGGUGCUACUGAAGCGAGGAAUAAGCAGAGGCGGAGGAGCGGGAGUGCCAAGUCUGAGCUGAAGGGGACGGCGGCCCGAAAGACGCUCACGUGA